CCCGGGCUGAACAGCUGCUUCCUGGUUCUCCACGUGCUGCCAGCAGCGCUGGAGCUGCCCGAGCCAGAGCGGAGCCGCUGUUCUCAGCUGCAGCCAGGAUCUGCCCCCGGCCCCGCUGGGAUCCAGACAGGCUGCAGAAUGUUUUGCUCCAGCUCAUCCCAGCCUGGCGUGGGACAGGGAAGAGAAAUGGCUGCAGUGGAGUCAGUCCAGGGGCUGGUGACCUUCAAGGAGAUGGCUAUGUAUUUCACCAGGGAAGAGUGGGCUCUGCUGGACCCCACUCAGAGAGCCCUCUACUGGGAUGUCAUGCAGGAGAACUAUGAGACUGUGACCUCGCUGGGCCAGAGAAUAACAUCCAUGUUUCGCUGCAGAUCAUCUCGUCCUCCCAGGGGCAAGGAAAUGGCUGCAAUGGAGCUGGCUCAGGGGCCGGUGACCUUCGAGGAGGUGGCUGUGUAUUUCUCCAGGGAAGAGGGGACUCUGCUGGACCCCACUCAGAGAGCCCUCUACAGAGAUGUCAUGCAGGGGAACUAUGAGACGAUGGUCUUGCUGGGUAAGGAUUCCUGUCCCUUCUGUUCUUGGAAGGGGAAAUGAAGAGUGAAGGUUCAUGCCACCCCCACAAUGCCAUCUGUACCCUGUCCUGUUUCAGCAUCACCCCAAUAGGCCAGUAACAUACAUACUACCAGAGACCCUCCUC